UGCAAAGGCCGAUGCAUGUCAAAGGGAAGAGGAGACAGAGGCACUACAUUCAGAAACUUCCAAGACACUUUACUCAUCACCUCAGACAGCGCCAUCCCCACCAGGAUGGAGAUACGAGGUAGAUGAAUCCAUGGUGAGGACAAAAGAAUUCGAUUCGACAACAGAAACCAUAGGAUUGGGCAACAAUGAUACAACGGAAAAUGUAGACGGACGAUUAGAAGGGGUGACAGAGCGAUUGCAGGAUGAAAAGACGUCUACACUGCAGCAGCUUAAGGAAUCCCCCAAUGUGACUAGAAUCACCGUGCGUCCACGGCGACCAGAUCCUAUGCCAGAUCUGCCUCGGAGAAGCUCCUCAAAGACACAGAAGCGAACAAGUGGUAUGGAAUCCUUUGGAGGCAGUAUGACAGACAGCGUGAGACAAGAUGACGAACGACAACACUAUUACCACAGUUCCAGAUAUGAAACAAAUUUUGUCAGAAAGGUCGGAGAUUCAUACUCCCCGCGGCCAACCCGACCUUCCACUGCAUACGGACACUUCGCCUCAGUGGCGGAUCGCGACACUUAUCGGAGUCCACUUCCCCCGCGUUCCACCACUAGUUUUGGCCGGUUCCAUACGAUGGACUAUGCAUUCCGGAGCCCAGAACGCAGAUCCCCCUCCCGCAAACCCCGGUUCUACUUCAGCUAUGCUCCAGAGGCCUUCAGGCAUGAGGUCAUUAGGCCAUCAAGAAUGGAGCUUCUCAGCUUGGAAGAUCAAUUGGCCAGAUUGAAGAGGGAGAAAAGACGCUUGGGAAAGCAAUUGUCGAGAUAUUCAUCGCGAGUUUAUCCGCAGCCUGAAGACAUAUAUAAUGGAUUACUGAGGCUAGAUCAAGAGAUUCGCGUGCUGGAAGCAAAGCUGAAUAGUCUCCGUGGAACCCGUUAAGAAGGCGCUUGGUUCGGUACAGCAUUUCGGCAGAUCUGUGAUGGGCCGUGCAGCAAAAACAAUUUUCUCAGCGCUCAGUACUGCCCAAUUGUAGAACCGACAUAGUCCGCUCAACCAAGUCAUGGCCGUGUUCCAGUUUAUAUUUCGUAUGCUUUUCGGUCCGCAAUUGCACUGGAACCAAAGACAGAAAACGGACAAUGAAAUGCGACCUUGUCAGAUUUUGUUGUCCCAUCUUCUCGAGGCAGUUUAUACCGUGCCACGGAAGGCGAUUUCUUUUUCGCUUUCGGAGGUUGUUAAUCUCAUUUUCCACGGCAUCUCGAUAUGUGUGCCACGUCCUGCCUUUUGCUUACUUGCGAAUUUCAGGUUGCGCUGUAAAGCCAGUGAGGCUUUUAUGCAAGUUUUAGUACUGUUGUUUCUCUUGAGUUACAUGGUAAACCUCUUGCGGGGUGACUAGUUGACAUCUACCAUCCACUUGGGCGGCCAUUCAUGAAGAUCAAGGAAUUGUGUUCCGAAGUAAUUGCCUUCUAGUUUGUCCUUUAUACACUGUGGUUGAUGCGGAUCUUGUGCACCCCGCUUCCUCACUUCAUCUUUUUACCAAACCAAAUUAAGUUAUUUUCUUUGACUUUUAUUAACUUGUUUGCUGAUUCUCUGCCACGAAUUUGUUCUUCGAAUUUGCGCCGACAUGUGUAUGCUUAUCCUCAAUUACACACGUUACGUCAUUGCGCCGAGAUGCGCUGUUCACAAACUAGACCACCAUGUAACUCUU